CAUAGAAAGAGAAAUGGGCUCUAUCUUUGUCCCAUGCCGAUUGUGCUCUAUCUUUGUCGGCUCCCCCUGUCCACCUUCGUUUUUCUAAGCAAGUAGCGGGAGGAACUGAAAGUCUGAAACAUCACCGAAAGGGUUCAAUUCCCACGAAGAACCAAUUUUGAAUCAACUUCUUUGAAAGCUAUGUUGGGUCAAAGUAAUGGGAACCAAGCUUCUUAUCUCAUGUAUUGGGCACUACCCUCUACGGUUCUUGCUGGUCUUGUUGGUGCUGUUUUGGCACUUAAAGAUGGCAAAUUCGCCAUUCCAGCUACUCUACCGUGGUCAUAUUCCUUCCGUACAGAUACUACCACUAAUAACAACAAUAAUAAUAGCUUGGAGAAACCGCUGCUGGUUCCUGGGUUGCAGAACCUCGAGAACAAUUGUUUCCUCAAUGUUGUUUUGCAGGCUCUUGCUAGCUGUUUUUGCUUUCAGAGUUUUCUUCAUAGGGUGAUUUCAGAAAGUGGGACACAGGACUUGGAUGAAAGCAUGCCUCUUGCACUUUCUUUAGCUUCUUUAUUACAAGAGCUUGGUUCAGUUUGUGAAGAAAAGGUUACUCUUAGUCCACGAAAGGUGAUGCUUACUAUGGCUCAUUACAUUCCAAACUUUAAUCUGACAAACCAGCAGGAUGCCGCUGAAGCAUUUCUACAUCUGUUGUGCUCAUUGAGAGAAGAAAUCGGAGGUUGUUAUGCUCCAAAGAUGAGUUCUUUAGCAGACAUUUUUGCUUCUAAUAAUAGAAUUCUUACUCGAAUACAUAGGGACUGGCAGAGUGAGCAUGAAAGAUGGCACCAACUCUACCUUGGACCUUUUGAUGGGAUUCUUAGUAGCAGCUUGACCUGUCAGAGUUGCUCAUCUCAGAUCUCAAUUAACUUAGAACAAUUUGAUUGUUUGCCUCUUUCACCUGCUCUUAGUGGUUCCACCCUGAUAUUUGGAUGUACGCUGCUGGAUUGCCUGAAGCAAUUCAUUGUUGCUGAGCAUGUUGAGAACUAUCACUGCCACUACUGUUGGCAUAAUGCUGCAAUCAAGUAUCUUUCAUUAAUGGAACAAAAUGAGGUAGAACUUGAAAAGCUUAGGAGAUGCUCUGACCAAGAAUUAUGUGACUGCCGGGAGAUAUGUAAUCUUGAAAACCUACCUUGGUCAAAUAGGUUUUCUCAUACUAUGAAGCAGCUAAGUAUUGCUCGAUGUCCAAGGAUUUUAUGCAUUCAGUUGAAAAGAGUUCAUAUGAAUAACUUUGGAGAACCUAUCAAACUGCAGGGUCAUAUUUCUUUUCCAUUGAUUUUGGAUCUGUCUCCAUUCAUGACAACUAGGCUGGGAGUAAAGAUACCAGAUAAAUAUGGACAAAGUCUGCCAUUAAAUCUACGGCAUAGCAGAAGAAUCCCUCUACCAUCAGAGGGGAAGAUGUUGAGUUUCAGUGGAGAUUGUGAGGCAGCAACAGAACAAAUCAAUUCAAAUGAUCUUAGUGAUGUUGGAUUUGUCUCAAAUAGACAGGCACUUCCUAGUGACACGUUGUUUCCUAGAGAUAUGCAGCCCAUUAACAAGGUGAACAUUUCUCAAAGUUCAGUUUCUCAAGAAACAUGUUUGUAUCGACUUGUUUCUGUCGUGGAACACUUUGGAAAAGCUGGAAGUGGGCAUUACACUGUUUAUAGAUGUGCAAGGGCGGAGUACUCAGGAGAUGUCUCCGAUGAUUCCUCAAAUCAAACUCCAAUGCGCUGGUAUUGUGUUUCGGAUUCUCAAGUGAAUGCUGUUUCAGAGUUGGAUGUUCUUUCCUCCGAGGCCAGCAUGCUUUUCUAUGAGAGAAUUCCAACAAACUGAAAGCUUAGAUAAUUUCAGUUGAACAGUUUUUUAUUGGGGGAGUGCAAUGACUUGUGUUCCAAGUCAUAAGAACUUAUGGCGUGUCAUUUAACCUGACUAGGAGCAGCAUAAGGGACUUGUGGUCCAAAAUGCAAGACCUUAAAAAAUGGAAGCCUAUAUUUGAAGGUUUGAGAAGUGUAAUUUACAAGGAUGGAAUCCAAGGAUGAUCCCUCAAGAGUGGUUAUUUGCUUUCAUUUAAAGAAAAUGAAGAUACAAACAGCAACAGUUGCAGUGUACAUUAUUGCUUGCAUGAAACUAAUCUUUGUUAUUCAAUUGUUACAUAACUGUAAGAGGGGUGCUUAAGUUUUCACUGAUUAUUGAAAUGGAUUCAUGUAACUUAGAUCUUAGAGCUAGAGCUAAAUGCUAGCUAGCUGCUGCAAUCUUUUACGUGGUGAUGUACUUGAAUCAAACAACAGCAGCCAAAUGCUUUGAAAUAAAAAAAGGAGUUUGCAGAUUUUUCAUAUUA